AUGGCCGCGACGAUAGCUGUUGUCACGUCAUACGCUCUUCUUGUCAUUCCGAUGAGCUCUUUGCAGCUUUUACAAUUGGGAACUGUACCAAUAUCGCUGUUCUCGAAGAUUCCUCAAAUUUCUGAAAAUUAUCGCAACAAAUCAACUGGCCAAUUGUCUGUCUUUGCUGUCGCGUCUCAGGUGUUUGGAUGUGCUGCUCGUCUGUUCACAACUGCCACCGAGAUGGGUGAUUCAUUGGUCUUUGCCGGGUUUGCUCUGGCAUUUGUGCUGAAUGUGAUCCUGGGGCUGCAAAUAUGGCUGUACUGGGGCCAGACAGUCCCUGUGUCCACAACCACAAAGGAACAAUGGCCCAAGGAGAAAAUUGGGUUAACCACAACGCACUCACCCGACGCAUUUGCGCCCACCGACAGGAGGGCGGAGAUGGGCAAGGAAGGUCGAUUAGACGAGAUUAUGCAGGGCUCAAGGGCCGGUGUGCCGCAUUGGUUAGCCGAGGUUUCCGAUACAAAGGGAACCACGGGGAAAGAGACCACACAUGGCUACAGUCCAGGUCUUACCACCAUCACCACGCCCAGGGGCAUCCUACUGGCUCCAUCCGCGGUCACCGCCACCGCUGUCCCUCCUCGAAAGCGCGUGUCAACUGCGCCUUUGUCUCCUCAAGCACGUCCAGCUGCUCUAGGGCAGUCAUCGACAUCUCGUACUAAUAUUCAACGUCGUCUGGCCACCUACGGGGAGCAGGGUGUAGCUGCAGCCAGCCUCGCCACCCUCGAAGUUGCAUGCACAGCUGAAUCUGGAAUCCCAAAUGUC